AUGAGACUUUUACAAUUAGCUCCACUUAAGAAAGGAAAAAGAAUUAAUAAGGAAGUCGAAGAUUUGAUUGAAUUGUUUACAGACGUGAGAUGUUGGAUAUUCCAAGAAAAUUAUUCUAUUGAAGAAAAACUGAAUAUUCGCUUUCAAGGACAAAAUGUUAAGAUUAUCCAUCAAAAAACUGAUUUUCAAACGAUUUUAAGACCUUCUAUUAUGAAAAAACUUACCGAACUGAUUAUAGAAAUGUUAUAA